AUGCCUGGCCUAAGAAACAGGUCUACCUGGGCACCUCUGCUCCUGAAAACCUCCUGCAUCAAGUCCUGUGCCAAGGGCUGCUCCCUGGGCCUCACUGCCCACCUCACCUAUGCCAACAUAGAGCCGGGGCCCGUGGAGGGGGUGUUUGUGUACCCGCUGGCGGAGAAGGAGGUGGUGGUGGGCUUCGAGGCGUCCAUCGCCGGCCGGCUGGUCAGCGUGCAGCUCCAGAGCCGGGGGAAGCUGGAGGACUGCUGCCUGGACUGCUGCCCCACCUCCGCCCUGGACACCCAGUGCACCAACGGCAAGGACUGGUGCUGCUGUGGCAACUCCAGCCAGGACAUGCAGUGCACCAACGGACACCUGAUUUUGGACGAGGACCUGGAGCGAGGCACCUUCAUCAUCAGCAUCGGACUCAUCAGCUCCAUGGAGAUUGUGUCUGUCAUCAUCAGCACCACUCAGGAAUUAACCACCCUGGAGAAUGGAGCGAUCCGUCUCGUGUUCCCCACAGUCCUCAUGCCCAUAGUGAGGGCACGGAUGGCGCCAACCAAGAGUGAAAAUGGGGGUCGCUCAGAGGAAAAUGGUCCCACCAGUUGUUUUGGUAGCAGUCCUGGGAAGGCGGAGCGGCUGCUGGGGUCCAGUCUGCAGUGUGUCCACGCCAUCUUCACCAGCCCUGCCACCAACCUCUCGCCCUACGAGCUCACCUUCCAGCUACUGGUCAGAGGGGCAUGUCUACUGGCAGGCCUGGAGAGCCCCACCCACCCGCUGCGGGCCGACGCCGACCCCAGCGCCCAGUCGGCCUCCGUCACCUGCAUCACGCUGGCCGAGGAGCACCCUUACGACCGGCACCUGGAGAUCAUCCUCCACCUGAGUGAGCCUCACAGCCCAUUGGUCAUCCUGGAAAGGGGGCGGCUCACUUUCAGCCAAUACGAGCAGCAGAUCAGUGCGCGCCGUGACUUCAUUCGCUGUGCUCGCAAGGAUCCUGAGUCAGAGAAAAAGCUGGAGUUUGUGAGGAAGCGCUACCAUAAGGACAUCCUGUGCAGCCCGGUGCUGAUGCUGAACUUCUGCCCCGACCUGCUGUCCGAGCCGCCCCAGCUGCAGAGGGCAUCUCGGGAGCUGCUCUUCCUCAUCGACCGCAGCGGCAGCAUGAGUGACCUCAACAUCAGCAAGAUCAAGGAAGGGAUGCUGGUGGCCAUUAAAAGUGUCCCUCCCGGGACCAUGCUCAACAUCAUCGGCUUUGGCUCCACCGUCAAGACCCUGUUCACCACCAGCAAGCCCUGUUCUGAUGCCACCCUUGCCCAGGCCUGUGAGUACCUGCAGAGGAUGCGGGCGAACAUGGGGGGCACCAACCUGCUGGCUGCCCUGGCAUGGGUGUACCAGCAGCCUGCCCACCGCAGCUGCCCACGCCAGCUCUUCAUCCUGACAGACGGCUCCGUCAGCAACGUGGGCAAAGUGCUGGAGCUGGUGUGCAGGAACACCUGCUCGGCCAGGUGCUUUGGUCUGGGCCUGGGUCCACGAGCCUGCAGACGGCUUCUCCAAGGGGUCGCCAAGGUGACCGGCGGCAGUGCCGAGUUCUUUAGUGAUGAAGAGAGGCUGCAACCCAAGCUCAUCAAAUCCCUGAAGAAAGCUCUUGAGCCUGUCCUGACUGAUGUUCGCAUUGACUGGUAUGUGCCUGACAAUAUGGAGGCUCUCCUUUCACCCAAUGAAAUCCCUCCACUCUACCCUGGCAGUCGUCUGAAUGGCUACUGCACCUUGUAUGAUGUGGCGCCAUUCAGAAGCAGGAAGAGUGAGGUGAGAGGGCGCUCGUACCGAGGCGCGUCCCGCGGGUCGCUGGGCUCUGUGUUCGGCCAGGUGCAGGACGAGCUGGCCAACCCGUCCGACGUGCUGCAGCAGCUGCUGGCGCUGCCGGGCGAGGAGGAGGACCUGGAGGAGGCCCUCAGGGAGAUCUCCCGCGAAAUCUCCUCCGAGUUCUCCUGCGCCAAGGCCUCCGACGUCGACAACAAUAGCGCAGCCUUAGACCUGGAGCCCUACAGUGACGUGCGGCGGCGGAUCGCGGAGGCGUCCUACGUGCAGGACCAGUACGUUCUGACCCGCUGCUCCAUCAGCAGCGACCGCGGACUCCUCUCCGCCUCCCCUGCCGCCUCCGACUGGACCGGCCCCGGCCUGGACACGGGCUCCCUGCCCCAGGGGCUGGAGAAGGUGGCCCCCCCGGACACGCGCGGCCUCUCCCGCUGGGAGUCCCCCUGGCAGCACACCCCUCCCUCGGAGAACACCGACCCCAGCCCUGGGAAGGCGGUCCGGCUGGCGGAGCGCGAGGAGUGUCGUCGCAGGCAGAGGGCGCUGGCGCGCUGUGCCAUGUCCGCGCGCAGCUUCUCGUCUCCGCAGGGCGAGCUGGACAUGCACCGGCUGCGGCGGGCGCUGGAGAAGGUCUCCUUCGACCAGGCGGUGGGCGGCCGGCUGGAGGAGAGCGACAGCGAGACGCAGCCCAGCCUCAGGGGGGCGCUGUCCCGCAGGAGCCUGACCGACUCCAAUUGGGAUGGCUUCACCGACCCGGAGUGCUUCUUUGCAGCCGCGCCGUCUGACGAGCCCCAGGCUCUGCAGGCCCGGUCCCUCAUCCACGGCCUGCUGGGGGGCCGGCCCGUGUCCUGGGAGGUGGCUGUGGACCUGAGCCCACUCUGGGCCCCUCCGAGCCCCACACCCCCAGCGGCUGACCCCUGGGGAGAGGUUGUGCAUCAGCUGGCCGCUCGCUCUGUGAUCCGUGACUUUGAGAACAUGGCGGAAAAAGAAUCCGACAUCGAGCAUGGGCCGGUGAAGAGGUACAGGAUGAAGGCCAUCCAGACCAGUAAGAGCUGCAACAUCAUCUGCAUGUACACGGCCUUCACCGCCACCGACUCCAGCAGCAGCAGCAGCACCAGCAAGGGCCUGCAGGACCCACCCCAACCCCUCAGCUCAGCAGGCGUGCGUUUCGGGACGAGGCGCGGCUCCCAUGCGGGCGGCAGCAGGAGGCAGAGGUCCUACUCGGUGGGGCUGGGACGCAGGCCGUCCAGCCGGGACAGUGAGGAGCUGGAGGACACCUUUACCUCCACAGACAGAGACGACACCCCCGCCUCCCCCUGCAGCCUGACGUCCUGGGAGAGCAGCCCUGCCGCUCACCCUGCCAGCCCCUCCGGCACCUCCACCCGCUCACAGCGCUCCAUAGAGAGCCGCUCCGUGGAGAGCUUCUUCGGCUCCAGGUUCAAUCUGGGGAGGCUGAUGUCCAGCAACGCCUCAGGAAAGCAGGCCGCCCUGAAGCCUCACUGUCUGUCUGCAGAGGCGGAGAAGCACACGGAGACAGACACCCCCAACUACCUGCCUCUGGUGCAUCUGCAGUUGGCUUCCGGUGCUUUCUGUCUGAACGAGUCCUACUCUGAGUGCAUCCAGAUCCCUCUGGAGCGUCUGAAGAGGGCGUCCCCCUACACCAGCCACCGCAGCAGCCUGAGCCCCCCCAUCCGCUGCACCUCUCCCCCAGCCAACCCAGAGGAGACGCCGGCCCCGAACCAGGCUCCAGCUCCAGCCCUGGCCCCUGGCCUCACCAGGGUGUCUGCAAGGCCCAGUGUGGGGGGCUGCCUUGAGGCUGACACUGUCCUCUCCGAACCCCUCAGCUCAGAAGAGGGCUCCCCGGAGCUGGCUGGUGGGGUCCCCCAAGCGGACAGCGGGCGCGGGUCGGAGACAGAUAUGUGCGAAGGGUCCCUUCUGGAGCCUGCUGAGCUGCCAGGGGAUGCGGCGCUGGCCCGGCUGGACCUGGAGAGCCUGAGCUGGGCCACAGCGGUGGCCUUGGCCUGGCUGGAGCACCGGUGCGCCGGCUACUUCGUGGAGUGGGAGCUGAUCGCUGCCAAGGCGGAUUUCUGGCUGCGUGGCCAGCUGCUGCCCGAAGGACUAGACCUGGCGGGGCUUAAGGCGGCCGCACGGCAGCUGUUCCUGCUGCUGCGCCACUGGGACGAGAACAUCCAGCUCAACAUGCUGUGCUACAACCCCAACAACAUGUGA